GGCGGAGGAGGAAGUGUCAUGGCGUCGGGCCGUGCAGCUUCUUCUCGCUGGUUCUUUACACGAGAACAGCUAGAGAACACGCCGAGCCGCCGCUGUGGAGUGGAAGCCGAUAAAGAGCUCUCGAACCGGCAGCAGGCGGCGAACCUCAUCCAGGAAAUGGGACAGUGUCUCAACGUCUCUCAACUGACGAUAAACACUGCGAUUGUUUAUAUGCACAGGUUUUACAUGCACCAUUCUUUUACCAAAUUUAGUGGAAAUAUAAUAUCACCCACUGCAUUAUUUUUGGCUGCAAAAGUGGAAGAACAGGCUCGAAAACUUGAACAUGUUAUCAAAGUAGCACAUGCUUGUCUUCAUCCCCUAGAGCCACUUCUGGAUACUAAAUGUGAUGCUUACCUUCAACAGACUCAAGAACUGGUUAUACUUGAAACCAUAAUGCUUCAAACCCUUGGUUUUGAGAUAACCAUUGAACACCCACACACAGAUGUGGUGAAGUGCACCCAGUUAGUAAGAGCAAGCAAGGAUUUGGCACAGACAUCCUAUUUCAUGGCUACCAACAGUCUGCAUCUUACAACCUUCUGUCUUCAGUACAAACCAACAGUGAUAGCAUGUGUAUGCAUUCAUUUGGCUUGCAAAUGGUCCAAUUGGGAGAUUCCUGUGUCAACUGAUGGAAAACAUUGGUGGGAAUAUGUAGAUCCUACCGUUACUCUAGAAUUACUAGAUGAGCUAACACAUGAGUUUCUGCAAAUACUGGAGAAAACGCCUAGUAGAUUGAAGAAGAUUCGAAACUGGAGGGCUAGUCAGGCAGCUAAGAAGCCAAAAGUCGACGGGCAAGUGUCAGAGACACCUCUUCCUGGCUCAUCAUUGGUCAAGAAUUCCAUUUUAGUAGAUAAUGUCCCAGGUGGCCCUGCUACAAACCCAAACUUUCAGAAACCAUCUACAUCAGCAUUCCCUGCACCAGUACCUCUAAGUUCAGGAGGUAUUUCUGUUCGAGACAGCCAUACAUCUGAUCAUUUGUCAGUGCUAGCAACAGGAAUGCCAAGUACCUCGUAUAGUUUAUCAUCACACCAGGGCUGGCCACAAGAUCAAGAAUCUGUAAGGACAGAACAGAUACAUUCACAGAAACAAGAGAUGUCGUCUGGAAGCCAGUACAACAUCACCUUCCAACAAAGACCUUCGCUCUCAGUGCAUUCAGGAUUGCAUCAUAGAUCUGAAAAACUUUCUGAUCACUCUUCUCUUAAACAAGAGUAUACUCAUAAAGCAGGGAGCAGUAAACACCAUGGACCAGUUUCUGCUACUCCUGGAAUAAUUCCUCAGAAAAUGUCAUUAGAUAAAUACAGAGAAAAACGUAAGCUAGAAACUCUUGAUCUGGAUGUGCGUGAUCACCAUGCAGCAUCCGCAGGAGAGCAGCCGCACAAGCACGGGCAGCCGCCAGCAGCAAGCAGCGGUGCAGUGACUUCUCCUAUUAAGAUGAAAAUUCCAAUCGCAACCCCUGAGAAACCUGAAAAAUACAGUACUGAUAAAAAGGAAAAAAGUGGACCACUAAAAUUACGGAUUCCAAUACCGCCCACUGACAAAAACGCCAGUAAGGAAGAUCUGAAAAUGAAGAUAAAAGUUUCCUCAGAAAGACACAGCUCCUCUGACGAAGGCAGUGGGAAGAGUAAGCAUUCAAGCCCUCUUAUUACGAGAGACCUUAAAGAGAAGCACAAGGAGCACCCGGCCAGCCGCCACCCCCCCAGCACUCACAAGUAUGCUCACACUCACGGGGGCAGCAGUACUGCUGGCAGUAGGCACGGUACUGAGGGAAUCCCGUCCACUGUGCUGAGGAGUCCGCUUGGCCUGAGCACUGAUGGCAUUUCCUCUAGUUCCAGCUCCUCAAGGAAGAGGCUGCAUGCCAAUGACGCAUCCCACAACCACCACUCCAAAAUGAGCAAAAGUGCCAAAAGUUCAGGUAGUUCAUCUAGUUCUUCCUCCUCUGUUAAGCAGUAUGUAUCCUCUCACAACUCUGUUUUUAACCAUCCCUUACCCCCUCCUCCCCCUGUCACAUACCAGGUGGGCUACGGACAUCUCAGCACCCUCGUGAAACUGGACAAGAAGCCAGUGGAGACCAACGGUCCUGACGCCAGUCAUGAGUACAGUGCACACAGCCAGCAUAUGGACUACAAAGACACAUUCGACAUGCUGGACUCACUGUUAAGUGCCCAAGGAAUGAACAUGUAACCCUUUGUUUAGGUCAAUUUUCCUUUACUUUUUUAAUUUAAAAAUUGUUAGAAUGGAAAACUUCCUCCUGAUAUAGCAGUGGGAACACUGCUUCAAUAUUUGUAAGUGCUGCUUUAUUCUUCAUUCUAAAAAGAAGAGAUGAUAAUAAACAAGUUAUCUCCACAUAUGAUAGUGUUAUAAAUACUGUACAAGCAUGGAAGGUGCAAAACUCAGUAUUUCUACAAUUGCAGCUAAGAACAUUAGGAUGAAUGGCUGGCUGCUUCUAGGAAUGUAAGAUGCCUCAAGCAUUUGUUAUUUAUAAUUUGAAUCCUGUGGCUAUUUUUGUUGUUGUUGUUGCUUGGCUUUUGAAUGAGUGUAAAUUGUUUUCUUUUGUGUAUUUAUUCUCGUAUGUAUGAUCUGCAUGUGUCGAUGAUAAAGGGAUAAAACAGUAUACUGACAACUGUUUACAAGAAAGUGGAGAAAAAUGUACAUACAUUUUUGUAUGUUUAGAUAUUACCAUAAAUACUCAGGAUUGGAGCUGCUUGUAAGUAUAACAAUAUACAGAAUAACUUUAUUUUGUCUUGUGUUGAAAUCCAUCACUUACCUAAAACAAAGGUGGCACUUUUUCAUGUUGACCUUAAACUCUAGGCCUUACUGAAAGCCACUGACUGGGGACAGUUCACCACCAGAUGGGUAUGUGGUGCCACAGAUGGUCAUUUACACUGGGAGGCACUGAACUUUUGCCUUUGGAGGUUAUGACCAGAUUGGCUGCUGAAAUAGCCCCAAGUUUUCUGAAGGCUUGAAGAGGAGGGAAUAAAGUUUACAUACUCUUGAUGUGAAGUGCAUUUAAAUGUUUGUUGGCUUGUUGCAGUGCUAUAAAGACAGAGCUGUUAAUAAUUGUAAUAUGGAUUAUAAUGAUUUAGAAACUAAAUUCACAAAAACUUACACAGUGAGUUUUUCUUAAAAGAGUAACUUUUAACACUACAUGUUUUAAAAGUAAGCAGGGAUUGCUUUUCCUUCAGCAUUCAGAAUAACACCAUAUUCUUAAACAUUCUCCUUGGAUGUGUGUUUGUGUGAUUCCAUAUUUCUUUUUCAGGUGAAUGCAGUCUUCCUUAUAAAAUGAAAUUAAACUUAUUGCUCUCUCAAAUCUUUUAUAUUCUGACAAAUAAAAACAAAAGAUAACUGACUGUGCAUUGUACCUGUAUUUAUAACUUAAUGGUGGUGGUUAGGAUGCUCUCAGCCUCCGGGUUAACCACUGGGAGGUUUUACGUUUGUACGCCUCAAUAUGUUCUUGUUGAGGUAAAUAGUUUGCACAGUCAUCUGACUUCUGAACAGACUUUAACUUGUUAAAAGUUUCUGUUAAAUGCCAACAACAUGGCUCUGGUUUAUUAGAUAAGCUUGAAUUUAUUCUGUGGUAGAUCUUUGAGCUGGUGAUGUGUCUUUUGAGCUGGGUUGAAUUUGACAUCAGUUGAACUGAAAACUGUCUUAUUAAUUUUUCUUCUUGUGUAUAUGAAUUAUUUUUGUUACAAAGCCACUGAUACGUGCACAAUUGUCAUUUUAAUUGUAUGUUGCAGUUGUAAAUAAUAGAGUAUAACCCCAUGUUUUACUUUUAUUUAGCAGUUAAUUAAUUUACCAGUAUUUUUUUUUUAAGAUAACUGUUUAUUCUUUCAUCAAUGUUAUUUCCAUUUAGGAGAAUAGGAGCCUAUUUCUAGGAAUUUUGCCUAGCUAGCAUGUCCUAACAUUUGUUCUUGUCUUGCAUAACUUUAGUGAUCUUUGUCAUUACCUGUAACUUUGUUGCUUAGUAUGGCAUAGUAUUGUAUCCAUACACAUGGUAAUUUUGAGAAAGUUACACUUUCGCAGUGGUACAUAAUCCAAGGACUAGUUUAGAAUUAAGCUAAAUCCAAGAUGAGGGAGGGAAGGGGUUUGUCCUUGGUAAUUUAGAUGUGAAACCUCUAUGGAGCUAUCAUGUGAAAUGACAUAGGGUGGUUCUACUGUAUUAUUGGGGAUGAUGAUAAUAUGAGGAAUUUUAAUAAGAUUUUGUAAAGCUAUCCAGAAAAGUAGUGAACUUAUUUUCAGUAUGACAUAGAAAACAAUGAAUAUUUAAGGUCUGUGACUCUAACUUCACUAUGAGUUUUCAGAAUUGUUUUGAGAUGUGGGAAUAAAGGUAAUUUUGUUGAAUCAUUAUUAUUGGUGCUAAUGAUGGACAGUUAAAAAAAGUAGCUAGUGUAUAUUGUUAUGGGUCAGUACUUAAUAUUAGUACUUGCGAAAUUGAAUCUGAAAUGCUAUGUAUUCACUUUUCACUCUGUAAAUGUAAUUCUAUACAAUGACUUUAUUUAUUAAAGGGCAGCCAAUGUAAUUUUUACAGGAUUGUGUGACCUAGUCAAACUCAUUAACCUCAAAACAGGGUAUUAAGCCUUUAGAAGUAAAAUGGGAUUAAAUAUGGAAAUCCUUUGAACGUUCAUUUUCAUUACAUGAAAACUCUUAUAUUGCCAUGAAUUUGCUUUAAGCAUCUCAUUUGCAUAAAAUAGUUUCUCAGCCUGAUCCCGGUAGGCUCAACCAAAGACAAGACUCCAGUGGAUGGACAUUAUUACUGAGUCUUCUUCUAAGUAGCCAUAAAUUAAACCAAAAUAGUAUCAUCAAAUUUAGGUAUGAAAUUCCACAUGUGCAAAGUACUGUUAAGGUGAUACAUUUUGAUGAGAUUUUAAAAAAUACUUGAAAUAUUAAAAAGCAUUAUCUUGAAACAUCCUAUAAGAGAGUGAUUCAUUCUUAAGCUGUGUUUGCCCUAGAUCAUAGGUUUGUUGCCUUUUUUGCAGAAACUUGGAAGGCUUUACUGCUGGUUUUUACCUGAUUCUCCAACUUUGAUCUGUGCCCUUAAAUUUUGCCUGAGCUACUUUAAAAUGGGCAGUUUUUUCAAACCAAGUAAAAAGGGGGUUUGUUCACAGAAACAAUGUUAGAGGCUUGCUUUUAGCAAAACUGGUGGUGUCCCACAGGGGGAAAGCUUGCACAAUUUC